UUACGUUCGAAAUAUCGGGGAUGGGGUUCCCAGGUGGAGGGAUCAGCGAUGUUCACGUUGGGUUCAGUGUCGGAGCACAGGCAUCCUGAUUCGGUGGCGAACCAUUGUCUGAGCGGUCUCGGAUAGUGCCGCCAUGAGUGGUCAGACUAUCCGCGAGUCUGGCCACAGAGGAGAUGAAGCCGGAUCGGAGACUGUGAUUGGUUCAGCUCUUGGGUCUCUGCUGCGAGUACAACCCACAACAGCUCAGCCACAUGAUGACCCUCAGAAAGAUAAGCCCGUACAGCUAGGCUGCGAGGAUGCUGCGGGGAGACUGAACAGGCUCUUGAAUCAGCUUGACGAAACAUAUCAUGAAUAUUUUGAUCUUCAAGCUUGUGAGAAGUUUCUGAGCGAGAGGGACGAUCUUGCGCGCGACGUUACUCGGAACAAACUCUCGAGAGAAACAAAUUCUGAAAUGUGGGACACUGUCGAGAACUUCCUGCCUGGCUACCAGAAGGAGAAGCGAAGGAGAUAUAGGAACGAGAACGAAAAGCGCAACCUUCACCUGGAAGAGAUUCCGAAUAGGAAGAAGCUCAACUCCUACAGCGUCAGAUUCAAGUGUUCGAUGUGUCCCAGCAUUUUCGAUGAUGCACGGACCCUGAAAUUGCACAAAGUCGCCAGACACAGCGUCACCUAAGCCCAACUUUGUAAAUCCUGUAGGAUAAUUGUGGUAGUCGGCGUACGCGGGCGCCCAGUCGCCUGUCGAGGCACGCUCCCACCGGCUGAGCCGGGGGAUUCCAAAGUACGAUUCUCUGAAUGGGUAUACUUUACUUAUGGGUAUACUUUAUUAUGGGUAUACUUUGAAUACGUGGAAAAAUUGUGACUCCAAAGCCGUUUGAAAUCUAAUAAAUUAAGUCAUCGAU